GUGAGUCAACUCCGCAACAAGCAGAGCAUCUUUUAUGAAGCUAAACUGACCAAAAGAACAACAAUGAAAACAGCCUUUUAUUCCUCUGUUUCUAGAAAACUUAAAGAACAAGAGAACUACAUUCAAAUUGAGCUGGAAAAGAAUAUUUGGACAAUCUGUGAUUGUGAGAGUGGAUGAAUCUUCUAGCUAAACCUAUGAGCUUUGAAACCACAGCAAUCACUUUCUUCAUCAUUCUUCUAAUUUGCUUCAUUUGCAUCCUCCUUUUAUUGGUGGUCUUUUUAUAUAAAUGUUUCCAAGGCAGGAAAGAUACAGACACAAAGAAAGCACCUUGUACAGAUGCAAACGGAGGUGUAGACUGUGCAGUUGCCAAAGUGGUGACAAGCAAUCCAGAGGACCAUGAAAGGGUCUUAAUGCAAGUUGUGAACUUGAAUGUGCCGAUGAGGCCUGGCAUUCUUGUCCAAAGACAGAGUAAGGAAGUGUUGGCCACAUCCUUAGAAAACAGAAGAGAUAUGGAGGCAGAAGAGGAGAACCAAAUAAAUGAGAAGCAAGAGACUGAGAAUGCUGGAGAAACUGGUCAAGAAGAGGAUGAUGAUUUGCAGAAAACACACACAUCUGUCACUAGAACUCCUUCAGUUGUUGAAAGCCAAAAAAGACCUUUAAAAGGAGUGACAUUUUCUAGGGAGGUAAUUGUUGUGGAUCUUGGGAAUAAACACCCUAUACCUCAAAGCUAUACUCGAGAACAUAAAGAGAGAAAAUGAAGCUCCAAAAAGGGUAAGAGUGAAAGAAAAUGUAACCUUUAACUAACAUUGAAAUGACUGAGGGUACAAAAUCAUGGUGAAACAGCAAAACAAUGGGGAAUUAAGCAAAUAAAUAUAGUAUAUUACCUUUUUGCAGAAAGGAGUGGGCCAAGGGCAAAAUUCUGUAAGUAAAAUACUCAGAGCUUGAAUAUAGUUUUUUAAAAUUCAAAUCUGGGUUCAAGGAAUUGAUUAUAUUGCCCUUAAAACUGUCUACUCGGCUAGGCGCCGUGGCUCACGCCUGUAAUCCCAGCACUUUGGGAGGCCGAGACGGGCAGAUCACAA